ACCAAUUAACGAACCUUGCAAGACCUGGUGAUACACGGUGGGGAUCACAUCAUAAAACAUUGUGUCGUCUUGUUGAGAUGUGGAAACCAGUUCUAAAGGUAUUAGAAAAUUUACACAAUGAUGCAGAUAAUGUUGCCCAAAGAACCACAGCCGCGGGGUUGAUAAAGCACAUGGAGUCUUUUGAAUUUGUUCUCAUAUUGCAUCUUAUGAUUAGAUUAUUGGGCAAGACUAACAAUCUGUCACAAUGCUUGCAAUUGAAAAAUCAAAAUAUUGUACGUGCUGUGGGAUUGAUUAAAACCACAUUGGAGGAUAUUCAAGAGAUAAGGCAGAAUGGUUGGGAUGGGCUCUUCAAAGAGGUAACAGACUUUUGUGUCAAAUAUAACAUUCUAGUGCCAAAUAUGGAAGAUACAAGGACUGCUAAUGGCCGUUCAAGGUCUUGGGGUGGGCAAUUGGUAACUUACAACCAUCAUUUCAAAAUUGAAAUAUUCAAUGUGUUGCAUGAUCAACUUAUUGUGGAGUUGAACAACCGCUUUGCUGAAAGGUCUACUCAAUUGUUGAGAUGCAUUGCUUGUCUUGAUCCCAAGAAUUCAUUUGCCAAUUAUAAUGAAGACAAGCUAGUAGAUCUUGCUAAUAUGUAUGCUGCUGACUUCUCUACAUAUGAAGUUACUUUUGUCCUUAGAAACCAACUAGACUCAUUCAUUCGGGAAGCAAGAGGUGAUCCACAUUUGAUGAAUUGCAAUGAUCUUGGUCAUCUUGCCAUGAAUAUGGUUAAAAGUGAUAUGCACACAACUUUUCCCUUAGUUUACCGUCUGGUUGAGUUAGCAUUGAUUUUACCUGUUGCAACCGCAACCGUGGAAAGGGCAUUCUCAGCAAUGAGCAUUAUCAAGACCGGAUUGAGGAACAAAAUGGGUGAUGAUUGGAUGAAUCAUAGAAUGGUAUGUUACAUUGAGAGAGAUGUAUUUGUUAGUAUCGAAGAAUCCAAGAUCAUUGAGCGAUUUCAAGGUUAUCGCACACGUAAAGGUGUUUUGCCUCGUCCAACACGUAAGUAUUCACAUUUUGCAUCUAUUGUUAAUCACUUUUGCCUGCUAUAUUAUGUACUGAUUCGCAUUUCAAAAUUUUGAUGA